AUGCCGUCUGUCAGCAAUCUCCCCUCCGCCACCACUCUUGGCCGAGCAUUGGUCCAGGAUGCUCGUCUGUUCCGACCCUCGACCCUGCGUCCCAUAACUGCCACUUCCUUCGCCCCUCUGCGAAACAACUCAAUAGCCUCUCGUCGUCCCGCUGUCUUCCGUGCAGGACAGCGUCGUCCUUUCUCGCUCACAUCACGUACACGUCUUGCCACGCCAGAUGACUCAUUUAACCCUGCCGACAUCGAGAGAGAAAGUGACCAGGUCGAUGUUUGCAUUGUUGGAGGUGGCCCUGCUGGCCUCAGCGCUGCCAUUCGCCUGAAGCAACUCGCCAAUGAAGCUGGCAACGAAGAUUUCCGUGUCUUGCUGCUGGAAAAGGCUGGCGAACUGGGUGAUCAUAUUGUCUCUGGAAAUGUCGUCGAACCCUCGGCCCUGGACGAGCUGCUUCCUGACUGGAACUCUCCGGACAACCCCAACCGCUACGAGCACAUCACACCCGCUACCAAAGACCGCAUGCGUUUCCUCACAAAGUCGUACUCAAUACCUAUCCCUGCCCCACCUCAAAUGAACAACCAUGGCAACUACAUCAUUUCUCUGAACCAGUUCACCAAAUGGCUAGGAGAAAGAGCAGAAGAGAUUGGUGUCGAAAUCUACCCUGGUUUCGCUGCCUCUGAGGUGCUUUACAACUCCGACGGUUCAGUAAAAGGUGUCGCCACAAACGACUUGGGCGUUGGUCGCAACGGCAAGCCUAAGGAUUCUUUUGAGCGUGGCAUGGAGUUCCACGCUCGAGUGACCCUGCUUGGCGAGGGCUGCCAUGGAAGCUUGACCAAACAAGUCACAAAGAAAUUUGAUCUGAGGAGGGACAGCCAACCUCAGACAUACGGUCUUGGUAUCAAGGAAGUCUGGGAGAUCGAUCCUGAAAGGUUCGAAAAGGGUUUGGUCGUCCACUCCAUGGGCUACCCGCUACCUGCUGAUACAUAUGGUGGUGGCUGGAUGUACCACUUCGGCGAAAAUCUAGUCAGUAUCGGCCUGGUUGUUGGCCUCGACUACCCUAACCCCUGGUUGGCACCCUACGGCGAGUUCCAGAAGAUGAAGCAUCACCCUAUGUACAGUAAAUAUCUGGAAGGCGGCAAGUGCAUCUCCUACGGUGCUCGCACACUUAAUGAGGGUGGCUUCCAGUCCAUUCCGAAGUGCGCAUUCCCGGGUGGAGCUCUGAUUGGUGACACUGCUGGUUUCCUUAACGUACCCAAGAUCAAGGGCACUCACACCGCCAUGCGUUCAGGCAUGCUUGCUGCAGAGGCUGCCUUCUCUGCUCUGCGUGAAUCAGACGAUUCGAGUCCUGUAUUCUUGUACGAUUAUGAAGACAAGCUACGCUCUUCGACCAUUUGGAAAGAGUUGAAGGAGGUUCGCAACAUGCGACCUUCUUUCCACUCACCGCUGAAGCUCUAUGGAGGUAUCAUGUAUUCCGGUCUCGAAGCAUAUCUCUUCAAGGGUAGAGUGCCAUGGACCAUCAAGCAUGCUGGUACCGACCAUGGAGCUACUAAGCUAGCUGCGGACUGCCCAAAGAUUGAAUACCCCAAGCCAGAUGGCAAGAUCAGCUUCGACAUCUUGACCAGUGUCAGCAGGACCGGCACAAACCACGAAGAGGACCAACCAUGUCACUUGCACGUGGAAGACUGGGAUAAGCACGCUGAGCUUGAAUAUCCCAAGUACCAAGGUGUUGAAAACAGAUUCUGUCCUGCCGGUGUGUAUGAAUACAUUGAGGAUGACAGCAAGCCGCUCGGUGUGAGAUUCCAGAUCAACUCCCAGAACUGUGUGCACUGCAAGACCUGUGAUAUCAAGGUUCCGGACCAGGAUAUCACCUGGAGAACUCCUCAGGGUGGCGAAGGUCCCAAAUACGUUAUGACUUGA